ACGUCAUAAAUCCUCCAAAACUCCUUCAGAGAGUGUUGUGCAUAUAUAGUUCUCUUUUCUUUUCUUUUUUCCCGGAGAAUAUAUACACACACAUAGAGAGAGAAGAUAAAAUUUCUAUUCGUUUUGUGGUUCAUAUAAACAGAAGAUAUCUUUUACAUACCUACAAAAAGGGAAAAAACAAGCAAACCCAUUUCCUGCACUAGAUUUCCUUGAUAUCUGUUGCGGCCCUUUAUUCCACGCCUUUUCUUUUGCAGGGCUCUCUCUCUGCCCCGUACGACCCCUCUCGAUCUCUCUUUUUCUUUGCGUCUUUUGUGUAUACAAAGAGAGAAAUUGUACGCUACCAUUUUCUGCACAGGUCUCCGCGUUUUCAUAUAUCUCAGAGGUUUAAAAUGAUGAGAACUUCACUGUCCGUCUGCAAACAAGUUCAGCCCCUCGUGAACUUUCCUGGAGUACCGGUCCUCGAUAUGGAAUUGUUCCGUCGGAAAAACAAGGUUGUGAUUGUAAUGGGAGCAACUGGCACCGGCAAGUCAAGGCUCGCUAUCGACUUGGCCACUCGUUUCCCGGCCGAGAUCAUAAAUUCCGACAAAAUGCAAGUUUACAAAGGACUUGACAUCGUUACGAAUAAAGUCACCGAAGAGGAGUGUCGAGGGGUCCCACACCAUUUACUAGGAACUAUGGAUCCUGACUCCAACUUCACAGCAAACGAUUUCUGCCAUCAUGCUUUUUUGGCCAUGGAGUCUGUUACCGGCCGCGACCGGCUCCCGAUCAUUGCCGGUGGCUCCAAUUCUUAUAUUGCGGCGAUGGUAAACCAACGUGCUGAAUUUCGAAUGAAGUACGAGUGUUGCUUCCUCUGGGUCGACGUAUCCUUGCCUGUGCUCCAUUCCUUUGUAUCAGAGCGAGUCGACCGGAUGGUGGAAGCCGGUUUGGUGGACGAGGUGAGGAAAUUGUUCGACUCAGAAGCCGAUUAUUCGCUAGGAAUCAGGCGCGCAAUCGGUGUGCCUGAAAUGGAUAAAUAUUUAAGGAUAGAAGCCACUGCCGAUAAGAAAACUCGUGCUCGACUUCUUAAGGUAGCCAUUGAGAAAAUCAAGGAAAAUACCUGUCUGUUGGCUUGUCGCCAGCUGCAAAAGAUCCAUCGUUUCCAGAACAAGUGGGAAUGGAAUAUACAUCGGCUCGACGCCACCGAAGUGUUCCGGAGGCGGAGCCGCCUGGAGGCUGAAGAAGCGUGGGAGAAGCUCGUGGUCAGACCGAGCGACCUCAUCGUUGACCGAUUCCUGUACGACCAAAGUCGUCAUGUGUCCAGUAACAUCGUAUCACACGACGCUGCGGCCGCUGUCAUCGGCUCGCCAAUGCCGAUUGGAGCCGUGGCUGCAGCGACACGCUAAUGUUGGUGGGAUCCUCAGAAUCUAGAAAGGACCAUACCGUCUUAAGAUGUAACGUGGCAGCUGGUACUCCGCCUCUCCUCUAAUUUAUUUUUCUUUAUAGAUUAA